AUGCUCGAUACGGUAAUCCAACUCGGCCCAAACGGCGUCAAGGACGGGGAGUUGUGCACAUUGCUCCGCGCGCAUACCGUUGCGGCAGAGCAGUCAAAAAGCCGCCAUAAUAGCAAACUUAUCACUCGCGCCGAGGAUGCCGUAGCCUCCGACCCUGAAGUGCUGACCAGAGACGAACACGGCAAUACUUGGCUCGCCAUUGGCGAUGAUCGAUGGUCGGCCGGUCGAUUCGAGGCCGUCACCAUCGCCGACUUGCGCGAGCGCGCCAAGCAAGCCCGCGCAGCGACUUCCCCUUCCGCAAGUGCACCCCGUUUGCGAAUUUGGGUCUUCGGCGGGGCGUCCAUCGCCACCGACAUUGGUACCCUACAGGCCACCGCCGGGGACAAUGCACUGUUCCAGGUCGCUUCGCAGUUCAACUGUCUGGAAUCACCAGCCGCGGCACAGCUAGCUCCCGUGCGCCACUACGUCCACGACAACACGCAGGGUCCGCGGGCCGCGGUGGGCGCUUUCCCCGCCGCGCUGCUGCGCCACUACCGCGCACCUGGUCCAGACGGGAAGCCGUUUAUCCAGACGACCGACGGCAUGCAGCUCGAUCUGCUUGACCAGGCGAUCAACCCGUCGCUCGGGGGCCGGCGCAAUGGAUACUUUGAUGGCAGCCGGGCGCGCGACAUCGCCGCCAUCGUCGACGCGCUGCGUAACAACCAAGACGGGAUCAAGGUCGGCCUGCAGAUGGAGGCAGAGGUGGUACUAGGUGCGAAUUGGUACGGCGCCGUGGAGGGCCGGCCGCGCAUCGCGCAGGUCUUCACCUCGACCGUAGCGGGCGGCUUUUACGGUGGCGAGCGAGCAUUUGGGAGCAGCUUCCCAUCCGUCUGUGCGAUACUGCUCCGCGCCGCUUACCGCGGUACUCUGCUCGCUGCGGCGGCGGGUAGGCGGCGAAAGGUGGUGCUGACGCUGAUUGGGGGUGGCGUCUUUGCGAACGACCUGGCGGUCAUUUGGACGGCUAUCACCGAAGCCUUGGAGCAUGUGGAGCCUUUGCUGAGUGGCGAUAUGGAUGUGUUUGUGAAUGUGCGGGACUUGCGGGACUUAACACGCGCGCUGCAUGUCGACGAGCCCCUCAGGACGGUGCGACGGUGGGGAGGCGCUGUGAUUCGGUUUGAGCAACAUGGUCAAGUUCUUGUUGAGCGUUGA